AUGGCUCCAGGCAAUUACGGACGAUGGCGCGAUGGUAAGUCCCAGACGGGCGAAACGCGCGAGGCGCUGUGCUCUGAGAUCAAGGGCGCGAUGCAGCAGCACGGCAUCCACCACCGAGAGAACGCCAACAUUCGCACACAGAUCAGUGAGCUCGAGCGGUCCUUUGACGCGGCGCGCAAUUGGCUCAAGGAGAAUAGGUACGACCGCUUUACGUUCAAGCGCGUGACAGAGGAGGAGCAGGCGGGAAACAAUGAUGACGGGCGUGAAGAGGAGCUGGGCGUCGGCAAGAAGGAUGACGAUGAUGACGAUGAUGAAGGUGUGGUGGUCGGUGGGGCACAAGGACCUGCAGAGGCUCAUGUGUUGCGCAUGUGUCGCUACUACCACACGCUCAAUGAAGUGUUUGGACAGGACGAGGGCACUGGCGUUCGACAUCGACGAGCGAAUGCGCAGCGCAAUGGCAACCAUUCUGUGUCGACAAGGAAAAGGAAAGGGACACCAGCUGGAGCAGACAGUGAGCACAAGAUGGGACAGCCGAAGGAUGCAGUGGCGGACGGCGAGCAGCAGAGAAGGCAAGUUGACAGUGCUUCCAUGCCAGAGGCUACCACUGCGACGGCGGUAGCAACCGCUUUGAAUGACCUGGAAAACUGUACCACGCCGAGUACCGCUAUUCCUGCUGCUGCGAUGGCAGAGACGUGGGUGCAUCCAGCAGCACUGGAGAGCACACAGCGUAUGGUGGCGGAAGCGGUGCGUGAAGAGCGCGAGCAAAAGCGGUUCUGCAUGGAGGAAGAACGCCAUCAGCUCGAGUGCGACAGGUUGCGAUACGAGAUCGAGGCUGCAAAGUUGCAGCUCACAAUCGACCGCGCUCUCGCACGCAAACGGCUGUUUGACGCUGGUCUUCCAGGAGCCCAGGUAAAUGAACUCUUCCCAAAAUGA